AUGACGAAUGCAAAGCAUAGCAAGGGAGGAAUCAAUGUUGCUGAGAAAGAUUCUUCCAUUGAGCUUUGGCAUAAGAGACUCGGUCAUUUGAGCGAGAAGGGGCUGCAAAUAUUGUCCGAGAAACAACUCUUGCCCGGAGCUAAAGGUACUCUUCUUAAAACUUGUGUUCAUUGGUUAGCCGGAAAAACUCAUAGAGUUGCAUUUCAUAGAUUUCCACCUUCUAGAAGGAGUAAGGUACUUGAUCUAAUUCACACUGAUGUUUGUUUUAUGCGAGAUAAAACUCUUGGUGGUGCAAGCUAUUAUGUUACCUUCAUCGAUGAUCACUCAAGGAAGGUGUGGACAUAUGCUUUGAAAAUGAAGGAUCAAGUGCUAGAUGUUUUCAAGCAAUUUCAUGCUGAAGUGGAAAGGGAAACCGACCUGAAGUUGAAGUGUGUAAGGGCUGAUAACGGGGGAGAGUAUAGAGGUCCAUUCGAAAGCUACUGCAGAUUGCACGGAAUUAAACUGCAGAAAAGUGUACCCAAGACUCCACAACAAAACGGUGUCGCUGAGAGGAUGAAUAGAACAAUUUGUGAGAGAAUCAAGUGUAUGCUCUCACAUGCCAAGCUACCUAAAUCAUUUUGGGGAGAAACAAUGCGGACAGCGGUUGAUCUAAUCAAUCUCUUACCAUCGGUCCCAUUGGAGGGUGAUGUGCCUCAACGAGUAUGGACGGGAAAGGAAGUCUCAUAUGAACACUUGCGAGUGUUUGGUUGCAAAGCCUAUGUUCAUGUUCCAAAAGAUGAGAGAGCAAAGCUUGAUGACAAAGCAAAGCCAUGUAUAUUCAUGGGCUAUGGGCAUGAAGAGUUUGGGUACAGAUUAUGGGAUCCAAUUGCAAGGAAAAUUGUUCGGAGCCGGGAUGUGAUUUUUCUUGAAAAUGAGACAAGUGAAGACGUCGAAAGGGUUGAAAAGAAGAAAAAUACAGAAGCUGGUCCGGUUAAUUUGGAGCCUAUAUCUCCAUCCCAAAUGCAUGAAAAUGUUGAGGAAGUAGUGCAUGAUGAGCCCCAAGGUGCACUAGAUCAAGAAGUGCAAGGAGAAGAGCAAUUGGAGCAAGAAGAACAAGUUGAAGAAGAGCAACCUCUAUCCAAACCAAGAAAGUCAACAAGAGAUCGCAAAGCUUCCACUUGGUAUAUUGAAAGAGUUCUUGAGCGGUUUAACAUGAGAAAGGCUAAGGCGGUUAGUACUCCACUUGGAGGACAUUUAAAGUUGAGUGUGAAGCAUUGUCCUACAAGUGAUGAAGAGAAAGAAGCAAUGCAGAAUGUGCCUUAUGCAUCAGUUGUUGGAAGCUUGAUGUAUGCCAUGGUUUGCACAAGGCCGGAUAUUGCUCAUGCCGUUGGGGUUGUUAGUCGGUUUCUUUCCAAUCCGGGGAAAGAACAUUGGAGAGCAGUGAAGUGGAUUCUUCGCUACUUGAGAGGUGAUGUGGACUCUAGAAAGUCGACUUCUGGAUACAUGAUGACUUUUGCAGGUGCUGCAGUUUCAUGGCAAUCUAAACUGCAAAAAUGUGUUGCAUUAUCAACAACAGAAGCCGAAUACAUAGCCGUGACAGAAGCUUGCAAAGAGAUGUUAUGGUUGAAGAAGUUUCUUCAAGAGUUGGGCAUUAAGCAAGAGAGGUAUGUGCUCUAUUGUGAUAGUCAAAAGAAGUUGAUGGAGCUCAACAAAGUGCAUACGGAUGACAAUGGUUCGGACAUGAUGACUAAGUCUCCACCAAGUGGAAAACAUAUCUUCUGUCGAGAUGAAGCAGGUUUGGUGCUACCCCCCAUAUGA